AUGAAUGUUAUUGAAUCACUACCAAACAAUCAUUAUCAAUCGAUGAUUGAUGAAAAAAUGCAAUCCGAUGUCACCUAUUGGAUCAAUAAGUUCCAUCAGUUAUGGAGUAGAAGUGAUCAACUUUUCUCACUUCUUCGUUCACCAGAUGAUUAUUAUAAACAGCCAAUAAAACUUCGAUUACCAUUACUAUUUUAUCUCGGUCAUUUACCAUGCUUCAGCUGGGUGCAGUUUCGUCAUCUAAAUGGCAUUAAUGAUAUUAUUGAUAAUACCUAUGAUGGUCUAUUUGUACGUGGAGUUGAUCCAGAUGUGCAGACAGGUGUUGUCGAACACAACCAUUCUAGUCGUUUCUCAACAGACAUCAAAGACGAAGAAAACUAUUGGCGUUCAUUUACUGUACAAAGUGUGAUCGAAUACAAGCAAAAGGUUCGAGAACAAAUUCUUCGUAUCUUGAAGAAUGGCAAUCUUGAUCUGAAUAAUUUAGAUACAUUGAAUAUGCUUAAUGUUGCCACGGAACAUGAAAUGUUACAUCAAGAAACAUUGAUGUAUUUAUUUGUUCAAUUGCCGAUAGAAAGUCUUCGAAUGGAUAUAAUCAUUGAAAUCGAUCUUCGCCAGACUUCGGUUGUUUCUUCAUUGCCAGAAAACAGAUGGGUGACAUUACCGGGAGGGCAAACUUCGUUAGGUAAGCCGUACAAUGACCAGCCAUUGACAUUUUCGUUUGGUUGGGACAACGAAUUUCCACGUGAAUCGUGCUAUGUAUCUUCUUUUCAAAUUCAAUCGCAUCCUGUUCGUAACGGAGACUUUCUUCAAUUUAUACUCGAUGACGGUUAUAGUACUAGUGAUUGGUGGGAUGAAUCAGUAUUUGAAUGGAUUAAAACAUCUGACAUACAUCAUCCAAUGACUUGGACUAGAAAGGACAAUUCCUACCGAGUAAAUUUUGUAUUGCAACGAGAUAUUCCCUUAGAGUUUGUACUCGAUCAUCCAGUACUACUAAGUCAAGUCGAAGCAAAAGCCUACUGUCGAUGGAUGUCAAAGAAAACUGAAGAAACAAUUGAAUUACCUACCGAAUCUGAAUGGAUCUAUGCAAUGUGGGAUUGGUCAGAAUGUAUACGUGAUAGGCUGUUGAGUAGCGAUUGUAAUGUUAACUUUCGUCAUCUUCACACGAUACCAGUAAAAUCAACGACUAACAAUGAAUUGCAAUGGCAAGGAUCUGCAUUUGAAUGGACAUCAAGUGUCUUUCGACCUUUUUCUGGUUAUCGAGGUGCCCUCCCAACAUAUCUUGAAUAUUCAGCUGAUUUCUUCGAUAAUCGUCAUUUUGUACUACUAGGUGGUUCAUACGUUACUGACUCAACAUUGAUCCGAAGAUCAUUUCGUAAUUGGUAUCAAGAUACAUAUCAAUAUGUGUUCGCUACAUUUCGAUGCGUUAAACAUAUUAGUCAUACUGAUGAUCCACUGACUGAGUCUUAA